CACAUUUCGCUGUGGUCAAGCUAGCGGCUUUGUCUGUAUUUUGACAACAGAAAAAAACCAACACAAUUAGCGAGGCAGAAAGCUGUCAUUGUUAAUUUCGGUUCGAGUGGAGCUUUUUUUAUUCUUCUUUAAAAAGCCUUUUAAUUGUGUAAAUCAUCGGAACCUGCUGGUCCCCAGGUCUACCUGAUGAGUAUGAGCCUGACUACAGAAACCCCUAACGAUGGUCCCACUGUUACAGAAGCGUCAGCACCGGCGGAGAGCAAAAUGACCUCACCUGAGCCGAAGAAGGACAAGAAGCCAGAAGACGGAGUAGCGGAGGAAGAGGAGGAGGAAGAGGAAUACGUGGUGGAAAAGGUCUUGAAUCGGCGGGUUGUGAAAGGGAGAGUAGAGUAUCUUCUCAAAUGGAAAGGCUUCUCAGAUGAAGAUAACACGUGGGAGCCAGAGGACAACUUGGACUGUCCGGAUUUGAUCGCAGAGUUUCUGCAAUCCCAAAAAUCAGCACAAGAGGGGAAGAGGAAGGCGGCCGGAGAAGCAGAAGGAGAUGAAAGUAAAUCGAAGAAGAAGAAAGACGAUACAGAGAAACUAAGAGGCUUUGCUCGAGGUCUGGAUCCAGAAAGGAUCAUCGGCGCCACAGAUUCGACGGGAGAACUCAUGUUCCUCAUGAAAUGGAAAAACUCUGAUGAAGCCGACCUGGUGCCGGCGAAGGAGGCCAACAUGAAGUGUCCGCAGGUGGUCAUCUCUUUCUACGAGGAGCGGCUCACUUGGCACUCGUACCCGACCGAAGACGAGAAAAAGGACGACAAAAACUAACGGGGAGGGAAA